UUAGCGCGCUGUCCGUGAUGGUGAAUGUACCACUGAAAGCCUGUUCUGAAAGUCACUCACUACAUUUUUUUGGAUUACAAUUGGGAUUAUGAUUUUCUUUCCUCACAGGACAACAACUAACGACCAAACGACGUAGGAUUACAAUUAUUUCUGAAAAAUGGAAUUAUUCAAUGUCAAUCUGUGAGGAAUGAUGUGCAACACAGCGUGAGGAGAGGACCAGGCUACAUUCAGUGUCUUGUUGGAUGGCUGGAGGCCCCUGCCCAGCAGAACCUUAGGAGUCAGCAUGGCAAAGAUCUGCACAGACCAGUCCUACCCGGCAACGACCCGGCAACGGCCAUCUCUCUGCACGCCAAAUGACAAUCUGGACUCCAUUGAGAACGGAACCCCAAGGUCAGAGGUCGCUACAGAACGCUUGAGAGCCAAUGAGCUUCUGCCUCCUAAAAGGUCAGAGUGCGAGGACACCUCGUCAGAGAUUCAGGGUUCUGCCUCCGUGUUAACCAUCAGACACACAGAGUCUCACAGAGAUUCCUUUACAGGGUCAGGAGCCCUGGCCAGGAUGCACCGCGAGGUGGAGAGACCGGACUCCUUCCUGGAGCGCUUCAGGACCCCUGAGCUCAAAGAGGCCUCCGGCAGAGAGAGCAACCCACGGUCACUGGGAUACCCCGACAGAGUCCGCAAGAGGAACCAAGUCAGUCAAUGGCCGCUGGCUAUGUACAAUAUGAACAACUGCAACAACACAGAUGACAAAAAAGAUGACAAGAAGGACGAAAUAAAGAAAGAGGAAAAAAAACAGGAAGAGCAAGAAGAUGAGAAGAAAGAGGAGGAGAAAGAGGAGGAGCCUAAGAAGGAGGAGCCUAAGAAGGAGGAGCCUAAGAAGGAGGAGAAGAAGAAGGAGGAGCCUCCGAAAGAGAUUUGGAUCAUGGACCCAUCAGCAGACAAAUACUACACAUGGCUCACCAUCAUAGCAGCACCAUGUUUCUACAACCUGAUGAUGCUAGUGACCCGGGCAUGUUUUAACGAACUCCAGAACACAUACACAAUGCUGUGGAUUGUCCUGGACUACACCUCAGACUUCGUCUACUACGCAGACACAUUCGUCAGGUCUAGAACAGGUUAUUUGGAACAGGGGCUGCUUGUGAAAGACAAACAAAAGCUUCUAGACAAAUACAAACAAACGGAACAGUUCAAAUGGGACGUAAUUUCAAUGAUACCCACAGACCUGCUUUUUCUGAAAGUGGGCAUGAACAACCCCGAGCUCAGACUAAACCGGCUUGCAAAGAUGAACCGCCUCUUUGAGUACUUUGACCGCACAGAAACCAGAACCAGCUUCCCCAACGUUUUCCGAAUCAGCAACCUGGUACUUUACAUCCUGAUCAUCAUCCACUGGAACGCCUGCAUCUUCUUCGCCAUCUCCAAGACCAUCGGGUUCGGGUCCGACACCUGGGUGUACCCAAACAUCAGUCACCCUGAGCACGGCCGCCUUUCCAGGAAGUACAUCUACUGUCUCUAUUGGUCGACCCUGACCCUGACCACCAUCGGAGAAACCCCGCCCCCCGUCAGGGACUUUGAGUACCUCUUCGUGGUCGCCGACUUCCUCAUCGGCGUGCUGAUUUUCGCCACCAUUGUCGGUAAUGUCGGCGCCAUGAUCUCCAACAUGAACAAAAACCGUGCAGACUUCCAGGCUAAGAUCGACUCCAUCAAGCAAUACAUGCAGUUCCGUAAGGUCUCCAAGGAUCUGGAGGCCAGGGUCAUCAAGUGGUUUGACUACCUCUGGACGGAGAAGAAGACCUGCGAUGAGAAGGAGGUGCUGAAGAACCUGCCGGACAAGCUGAAGGCCGAGAUUGCCAUCGACGUCCAUCUGGAUACCCUGAAGAAAGUGAAAAUCUUCCAGGAAUGCGAGGCUGGGCUGCUUAUUGAGUUGGUGAUGAAGCUGCAGCCUCAGGUGUUCUCCCCAGGAGAUUACAUCUGUAAGAAGGGAGACAUUGGCAGAGAGAUGUACAUCAUUAAGGAAGGGAAGCUAGCUGUGGUUGCGGAAGACGGGGUGACACAGUGGUGUGUGCUCAGCGACGGAGCGUACUUUGGAGAUAUCAGUAUCCUAGGCAUCAAGGGUUCCAAAGCUGGUAACAGGAGAACGGCCAAUAUCAGGAGCGUGGGUUACUCUGACCUCUUCGCUCUGUCGAAAGAUGAUCUCAUGGAGGCUCUCACCGAGUAUCCCGAAGCCAAGAAGAUCCUGGAAGAGAAGGGAAAGGCUACGCUGAUGAAGGACAACAUGAUCGAUGAGGAAAUCGCUAAUGCAGGUGCCGACCCCAAGGACAUGGAGGAGAAGAUCCUCAGGCUGGAGAGUAAUAUGGAAAUCAUGACGUCCAAGUUGGCCAAGAUCAUGGCUGAGUUCACAUCCGGCCAGGGCAAGAUUAAACAGAGGAUCACCGACAUGGAGUCAACAGUCAAGUCGGUCCGGCCCGAGGACAUAUCUGAGGUGGUGGCCGACAAGUAGACCAAAUAGGCACACGACACAAUGUAUUUACCCAGAGACUUUAGGAACCUUUCACACUGAGCAAUGCAGAGUAAAAGGACAAAUCUGAGGUGGUGGCCGACAAGUAGACCAAAUAGGCACACGACACAAUGUAUUUACCCAGAGACUUUAGGAACAUUUCACACUGAGCAAUGCAGAGUAAAAGGACGAAUCUGAGGUGGUGGCCGACAAGUAGACAGGCACACGACACAAUGUAUUUACCCAGAGACUUUAGGAACCUUUCACACUGAGCAAUGCAGAGUAAAAGGACGAAGCCAACCCAACGUGUUUGAAUAGGGAAGGUGCGGCGGAGGUGGUAGAGGUAAAGGCGUACGAAACGUGGCAUUCCUCCGUUAGCUCUGUGUGGGAUGUGUUGCCAGUGUGUGUGUGUCAGCCCUUACAGUUAACACAGAGAUGUUCUUUUUUGGUUUUCAAAAAAAACAAUACAUAAAACGGUAGAUAGUUUGAUACUUUUUGACUGUUCGUAUUUAUACAUCAUAUGUACAUUAUCAACCGCGUAUUAUGUACCUUCUUAUUGAGUAAAAAUGCACCUCUAAAUAUGUGUCAAAUGUCAAUAUUGUUCAUAUCCAGUGUAUGCAGUGGAUACAGCUUUCCAUAUGCAGUGAAGUGCAGAGAAGGUACAGACUUGUGCAUCUCCAAAAUCAGAAUCGUGGCAUGGAACUGGUUUCGAGACACUCGUUGGGGCAGUAAGAGAGCCGGGUCGAUUCGAUUCCAGUCCAUUCAGAGAUUGUACACCCACAUUUCUAUUCCAAUUUCAAUACUCUUCAAUGCUUUACAAUUAGUAAAAUGUUGAAUUGUAAUCGUAAUUUGGUUUACUUUCUGAAUUGAAAUGGAAUCGACCCCAACCCUGGUAAAGAGACAAACUCUUUGGACAGGACAUUUUCAUAAUAUAGCCUUUAGUGGUUUUGGAAAUGUAUUCUUUAUUUUUCAAAUGUUAUGAGUCUAGUUCACAGAGAAUAUUAUAAUUUAGUAUUAUUGAUCAUCUGUCAAUGUGUAUGAAUGUGGCAUGAAACAUAUUCUAAUUGAUUCUAUUUCUAUGGCGACUACAGUCCACAACGGUGUAUUUUACAUGAAACAUAUUCUAAUUGAUUCUAUUUCUAUGGCGACUACAGUCCACAACGGUGUAUUUUACAUGAAACAUAUUCUAAUUGAUUCUAUUUCUAUGGCGACUACAGUCCACAACGGUGUAUUUUGCAUGAAACAUAUUCUAAUUGAUUCUAUUUCUAUG